CUCGCCCGCUCCCUGGCAGGCUAGCCGGGAGACGCGGCUCGAGGUAGUGCCAGUGUGGGUGUCCCUCGUCAGGAGCCAAGGCGCUCGUCGUCGGUCGAGAGCUCGGCACCACCACCUCCUUCCUUUCUCUCUCUUGUUAUCUUCCUUCUGUACCCGACGUCAUUUUGCCCCUCGGUGGCCUGCCUUCUCCCUCCCGCCGCAUUCCCCGCCCACCUUCCCCCCCGCGACGGUGGAGGGGCGCCAGCCUUGCCCCGGGUAGCAUGGGACUAGAGUCGGACGUGGUAAAGCAGCCGACGAUAAGAUUGCUCAGGACAGUGUUGUGCGAGUGAUAAUAAGCGGAGCAUGACUCCCUUUUCACCUUCUUCUGCCCCUCCGUCCCCCCCUCUGCCCCCUACCCCUGCCCCAGUCUCCUCCCCCUCGCUUCUCGCCCCCCACUGGUGACCAAGCUUGAGAGGGGAUGAAUGAAAAGUACGAGCUCGUCGGAUAAGCGGUCAGUCUCUCGUUCAGAGGCGCGGGAGUGGGAAGUGAGACAGCAGCCAAAAUGAAUAGCAAUCGGAUGGUGGUGGCUCAACGGGGGGUAAUCCCGCCCCCAAAGCACUACGCAGAUUCAGCCUGGUUCAAGUAUAUUUUGUCGUGCUGUGCGGCUACCACAGCUGAGCUAGUCACAUAUCCACUGGACUUGGCCAAGACUCGACUCCAGAUCCAGGGGGAAAAAGGACUCAAUAGCAAUGGCUUGCAACCUUACAGAGGCUUGGCAGGGACUGGAGUUGGAAUUAUACGAGAAGAGGGCGCAUUAAAGUUAUGGCAAGGUAUUACUCCGGCUGUGUAUAGGCAUUUGAUAUAUUCUGGCACACGUAUGGUCCUCUACGAGAAAGUACGAGAUCACCUUUUCACAACACGACCUGAUGGGACAAGGCCAGUCUGGCAGGCCAUUGUGGGAGGUAUUUUAGUGGGAGGAAUUGCGCAGUUCCUGGCCUCACCUGCCGACCUGGUCAAAGUGCAGAUGCAGAUGGAAGGACGAAGAAGGCUGGAAGGCAAACCCCCACGAGUACACUCGGCUGGGGAAGCCUUCAUCAAGAUCUACCAAGCAGGCGGAAUGCGUGGACUGUGGAAGGGUUGUAUGCCAAACGUCUAUCGCUCAGCACUCGUCAACCUCGGUGAUCUGACCACCUAUGACUCAGUCAAGAGAUAUUUUGUGAACAGUUGGGGGUUGCCUGAUACAUAUUGGACCCAUGCUUUGUCUAGUGCGUGCUCAGGACUGAUAGGAGCAUCGUUGGGUACACCAGCUGACGUAGUGAAGACAAGGUUAAUGAACCAGCCCACGGACCACAGGGCCAGGGGUCUUUUGUAUCGAAAUUCAGCAGACUGCUUCUUAAAGACAGUCCGCAAUGAAGGCUUCUGGGCACUGUACAAGGGCUUUGUCCCCUGCUGGCUGCGCAUGGGUCCCUGGUCCCUCACCUUCUGGAUCACCUACGAACAGAUACGAAACGCUUGCGGCACAUCAGCAUUCUAGAAAGUGCUGACAUACAUGGGUGACAAAAUAUAUGAGAAAAGGGUAUACGUUUCCUUUGUAGAAAGUUCACUCUUCAGACUUAGAAGAAGCUGGGACAACUUAGGAGUGGAAUUUCUUUUUUAUAUUAUAUCUCUUUUUUUUUUCUUUCUUUCUUUUUGUUAACUGCCCUUUGGUAUAAAUGUUAUUUUUUUCUGUCUUUCUUUUUUCUCCUGUUAAUAAAUACAUAUUUUGUACAUAGAGAAUAAAGAUACUAUAUUGUAAAAAAAAAAAUUAUGGGAUUGACAAAUAAUGUAAUUAUAAGGUUGUGUUUAAAAUCUUAGGCAAAGAAUGAUUCCCACAUGGUACCUUUACUUUUAGAGUAAGGAUGGUUUUAGUUACAAAAUCCCACUUGCAGUAACAAAGAGAUUAGCAGAUCACUUGAUUCACAACUGUGGAAUGGAAGAAGGUGUGGUACAGACCCGUGAAGAAAGUCAUCUAUUUUAUUAUAUCAUUCUGAGGAAGAGCCACACCUUGAAUCGGCUGAUUUUACUCAUCAGCUUUAUUUUAACAGAACAGAGUGGUGAUGUGAGAACAAGAACUCUUUUCAGAAAAUUUAGGAUACCUUGUGAAUUAAAAAGAAAAAGAGGUGGUGAUUCUCAUGUCUGUUGUGCUCUGCUGUGAAGGCUUUUGUAAUGCAACUGUACUUGUGGACCACAUUAUAUCAGACUUGUUAUACAUAUAGUGUGGAAGUUCUGUGUUGAUUGUGUACCUUGUGUGGUGAUGGGAAGACAGGUUUACUUUAUAGCCUGGUGUUUUGUGAUGCAUUACCGUGGUACCUACAGUAUGUGUGUAGCUGAAGCACACAUUAUAGCAUAGCUAUGAAUAUGGUUCAGAUUAUAGGCAGCUAAAUCCUUUUGACUGCAUCAGUCAUUGUGAGCUUCAUAUGACCAAGACCGGCAGAUUUAUAUGCUUGCCAGUUAACAGUCGCCCAGAGAUCAACCAUAGCUCAUGCAUGAAGUUACUGUAUACCCCAUGCCAUGUGUUAGUCACCCAAACAAUGCAAUUGAUUAGUCACUACCUAAGUUAAUUAGUAUACUAGUGUGUUGUUCAUACCCCCCCCCCUUUUUUUUUUUCUUUCUUUUUUUUUUUCUUUUUUUUUUUAUCAAAGUAUGUUUGAAAAAAUGAGUUUUCUCGUGUAUUUCUUUUAAGCUUCUGUUUUGUCUGUAUGUAUAUAUAAGUAUAUUUUUUCCUCCUUUAACUCAUUACUUGAAGCACAAACAGGGGGUAACCAUGCACCCUCAGCUUAAACUAGGGGAUUGGAGAAUUGCAAGAAUUCAAAGAGGCUUCCAUAUACUGGUAUAACAAUUGCCAAAAGGGUUCUUACUCUCCUGUCAAGAAAUGCGUCAUUUGUAUUAUGGUUUGAUCAUGAGAUGGGAGGAAAUAAUCACUUUUUCUCGUGUUGAUAACUCAAGCGUCUCUCAGGUGCCACUAUGAAUAUAUAUAUAUAUAUUUCUCUUUUUUUUUUCUGUAAUUACCACCCAAGAAACUGAUAGAAUACUAUAUGAGCUUCCCAGUAAGAAUUAGAAGUUCCAGAUCAUCAGAUUGUAUUUUUUUACUUUUUUACAUAGGGAAAAGUAUCCUCCAAGUUCAGUACGGAGAUGAAUAAAUGAAAGUGUGUAACUUGCUGAUACAGCUGAAGUAGGCUACAUAUGUUAAACAUACAGUAAAAAUGAAUUUCAGGAGUUAGUGUAAUAUAGCAACUACUACGGAAUGCGUGAAAGAGUUAAAGCAGUCAUAACAAACAAGAAAAAAAAAAGAUAUCAUUUAGAAAUACAAUCGUUAUUUAAACAUACUUUUAUGACGAAGCGUCUUUAUGAAUACAAUAGUUAACUCAAGGGAGAUUAUAAAUACUUUUUUUUUUACGAGUUUAAAAGCUCUGCCUCAAUGCAAUGAAGGAAAAGAAAUAGUUGAUGAAAUUACACAUCCUGGUUCUAUAUUUUCCUUCUUUUCUUUUUAUCUAUUGCAAUUGUAUUGUUAUAUUUCAAUAGUGAAAUAAUGUAAUAAGAUAAAGGAAUUAUAAAUACACAUACAUAUAGCACUUACAAAGUAUAGCAUACCUCAGAAACUUUUACCCCUUGAAGGCAACCUAGAAAUGAUGCUGACAGCAGUUUUGAUAAGUGUAAUCGAAUUAACAUGCAUAUACACGUGCAUAGUCAUGAAUAGCAAUGAUAGUUAUUAUCAUUAUAACUUUCAUUCUCAUAGAAACUUUCCUUUCCUUUCUCCUUUUCCUCUUCCUUCUUGUGCUUCUCCUCUUCCUCUUUCUUCUUGUGCUUCUCCUCCUCCUCUCUUUUUUCUACUUUUCUCCUCUUCCUCCUCUUACUCCCCCUUUUGCACUGUUAUCCAUCACCUGCUCAAAAAUAAUGAAGAGAGAAGCACUGUAAUUAUUUUUACCUUUCUCUGUAAACAGGGAAGGAGCUCCAGAUGAAGCAGGUUCAACGUUUUUUUACCCGUCACACGAUUUCCUUUGGUGCUUCAAACACAUUUUCUGUAAAGUGUUAUUUGUAUCUGAGUUUGUUGACAUGUUGCCUAACCCUUGUUAUUCCUGGUCCUGAUGCAAGACUACUGGUGGUGUUAGUUAACCUGGCUGCAUCUGUGUAAAUAUUGGAGCAUUUAUUUUCAUUGUUGUGUCUUAAUGCUAAGCUUCGGCUCUUCUGUUUACGUGGCUGUUGUGGUUUUAACUCGACAUAUCCAUUUUUCUUUGGUUCAUUUUAUUUGAUGAUGACAUAGAAAUAUUCAGUUUUAACAAACAAAAACUAGCAUUGUGUAAACGAGCUGUAUGAAUAUCUGUUUCUAAUGAUUUAUUAUUAUUGUUACGUUUAAUGGAUCUUUAGAGAACUGAUUAAUGUAAAACUAUCUAACAAUUACACAUAAACAGUAUCUUAGCAUUUAACACUGAAGGACAUGCUUAGAUUUCUAAUGGUUCAUGUUUUCGUACAAGAAAAUAGAGAAGCAGCCUGUUAAAAAGGAACCCAUCAAAAGGUUUUUCCUGAAUACAACUGUCAGCUAAAAGCACUUGCUAAAGACAAGCUCAACUUAAUGUGCAUAGGAUAUAGGCUGAAGCAGCAAUGUAUUAUGCCGUAAAGUAGAAAAAAGAAAAAAAAAAAAAGAGGUUCCUAGCCUGUGCCCCUUUUCUUCUUCUCUCUCUCAUCUUUUAAUUAAGGAAUGCUUACACCUCAGGACUUUUGGUUGGGAUGGGAUGGUCUUUAUCUGCAGCAUUGAAAAGAAAGAGAAAAGACAUACCAUACGUGGAUGUUUGGAUAUGUUUGGUGCAGUCACUGGAAGCCAAAACAUGGACAGCUGAAAGUGGAAGCGAAGAAUUUCAGAAGCGCCAAGUAAAGCAUUUAAAAAUAUCAAGAUUAGAGUGCUGUACUGACAAGAGAAGAUACAAAGGAGAGUUUGAAAAUGUAAUGCGCCUUCUUCUAUUUGGAUGUUAUUUUGUCUGUCUGAGGGAGAGAGGGGCAUUACCUAAAUAUUGUUAACCAUAAUGAAUCCAUUUUUAAAAGCAAAGUUAUUUUAUAUGUGCUAAACAUUGAGACUAUAGUUUUAUAAGAUUUAUAUUUCACAGCUCAUUUUCUUAUGCAUUUUGGAAGAAGAUAAAACUAAAAACAGAGCUUCAUUUUGCAAGCUUGAAGGUAAGUUGUCGCAAGCUUGUAAGAGGUUUUACAUUGCGAGCAAGUACGGCUUGAUGUGCCAUAUCAGAAACUCAUUGUGGAAGUCACACCCAUGCAUUUAUCAGAGAAUAAAUGACCGUGAACUAGAUACAUCAUUAUUUAUGGUAUAAGUAAAUAUUGGUGUCUAUUGUAAUGUAUUUUAGUACCUUGCAAGUUAUAGACAAUAAAUAUUUUUAUGUAACUAUGA